UCUUACAACGCCGCACCUUUUUGUUUCACUUUACGUGAGCAUUUGUUUCUUCAAAAAUUCAUUUUCCAGACAUACGAAAUGUCAGACGAGGAGGAUUUGCCUGAUUCCACUGAUGAUGAAGAUUAUGUGCCUUCAGAAGGGGAAGCUGUGUCAGAGGAAGAGAAUUCAGGUGACGAGGAAAACUUUGAUGCCUUGAGAGAUGAUGGUGAACCAGCAGCUUCUGGCAAGCGGAAGAGAAAAUCACCCAAGAAAAAGACUUCACCUGUAAGAAAGCGAAGAGGUGGAAUAAAAUUAGAGGAUGAGCAAGAGGAGGUUGGAGUGGUUGAAGACAAGAAUGUGGAGCUGCAGCAGCAGAUUAUUGCGGAGGGUGAGGCCAAGAAAGAGGAGCAUGCAAAGAAGCGUGCAGACGACCUGUGGUCCAGUUUUAUGUCUGACGUGGGCAAGAGACCUGAGAAGAAGCCAGAACUAGCGCCUGGGGGAUCCUUAGCUAACAUCAUGUCCAAGGCCCCCACCCCCAGCAAGCCUGAUCCCUUCGUCUCCCCUGGUGGGAAGCCCAUGUCCAGUGCCCCUCAGGCCUCAACUGCCCCUGCUAAAUCCACCAUCACUGUGACCAAGGUCUAUGACUUUGCAGGGGAAACAGUCCAGGUGACCAAGGAGCUUGAUGUGAACUCAAAGGAGGCGCAGGCUGAGUUACGCAAGAAGCAGGAGGGCGUGGCCGGUGCUUCCUCCACAGACUCACCCACGGCCGCCUCAGGGGGAUUGAAGCGUCCAUCUGCAGGGGGCCUGGGAGGGGUGCUGGCUAAGAUCAACAAGCCGCCCAAGAUGGGGACACUGGAAAAAUCCAAGCUCGAUUGGGAAUCAUUCAAGCAGAAAGAAGGCAUAGAUGAAGAGCUCAAAAUUCACAACAGAGGAAAACAAAGUUACAUAGAGAGAAUGAAUUUCCUACAGAGAACAGACCAGAGACAAUAUGAAAUAGAACGGAACUUACGACUUGGGUCUUCAACAAGUAAAAGAUGAUACAAUUGAAGAUUGUAUUCAAAUUUAUACAAUAAAAAAAUCUCAAGUUAACAAAAGUGAUACAUUGAUUUGAUUAUGAUAUGAAAAGGAACUCAAUUGACCAGUCGCCAAAUUAUCGAUCGCUCCGCCCACAUAGUCACGUGGUCUAGUGAUUAGAAAACUCCGACAAGCAGAUCGCAAUUAUAGCGGAUUACGUGAGGGAAAUUCUAUAUUUGUAAUGAUGUAUUAUGCUCUUUUCUAUAAAAUAAAUUAUUAAAGCCGCACACUAACCUAAACUGCUUUGUAAAACGUUAAUACAAUCAUAAAAACUUUAGAGAGAAAUGGCGUAAUCAAAAUAAAUGAGUUAACGGCAGACUGACUAUCAGAAACGUUUCUUAUAUAUAUUAUAUAGGGAGGUGAUGAAAAAUCCGUUGUAAAAAUGAGCAUUUAUUUCAUAUUGAUUUUGAACUUGUAUUCAACCGUCUCACAGUGAACCCGGUGGCUAUUCAUAUAUAAUUUUGAAAAUAUUUUUAUUAAAUGCAAAUGACAUAUCCAUAUCAUGAUGGGUUUUUUGUUUAUUAAAAAUGUUAAGAUCUUUGUGCUAUUGAGUUAUUUUUAAAAAGACACCGAUUUUUGUUAUUUGGAUAUAAAUUAAAUUUUGAUUGUAACCAUAAUUUAAUACAGGCCUAAUUUCGUGGUUUCAUUAACAGAUAGUCUAAUAUGCAUUUUAUUUUAUUUAUGUUUAAUGCGAACCUGUUACAUUUCACUAUCAAAAAAUGAAAUGUUGGUAUUACGGUGCUGUUCACGAACAUUCGAAUUGAAAACAUUUAGCAUAUUAUGCAUUUGCUUAUUUAUAACAAGAUGGCCCUUAUAUUUUAAUUGCAAUUUUCACAUUUCUCCCCAUAUCAAUAUAUGUUGUAUUAGAAAUGUUGUUGUUGUAUUAUAAGCCGUACAUUUUACACUUGAAGUCGCUUUAAGCUGGCUAAGCCGCGUUGAAAUCACCUUUUUGUUGUUUUUACUUUAGUUAAAACAAUAUUUAAGUUAACAAUUUAUAAUGAUUUCCCUUGUUUAUGAUCCACAGAAAAUAAAUAUAUAAUUGGAAAUCAUUUAAGUAAUUAAAUAGUUUUCUUUUCUUGUGUACAGUUCCUAACAAUGCCUUAAUGUUCCUUCAUUCUGAGAUCCACGCAACAUACUGUUAUUUAUUAAUCAUCAACAAUUACGCUGAGAUUAAUAAGCACGUGUGGCAAUUAUUAUGUUGCCCAAACUGCUUAAUAAUAUUGUGCAUCAAUACGGUAUAACACGUUUUAUAGAACACACACCUGGUGUGGUUAAACUAUUUAUUGUGUUUGUUUUCUCAUUACUCGUUCAUAUGUUCAAGAAAUAAAGAUAAAAUAAUAACCUUUUAUAAAGUAUGUAUAGCACUUACAAUUUUGAAUAAUGAUCGAACAGUAAUGAUCAUGCAUUUGAUAUAAAAUCUGUGUAAACUCUGAAAAAAUUAUGUCCAUUCCAUAUGUACAACACGCUUUGUUUGUCGGACAAAAUGGGGGCCAGAUAAGCGUUGCUGAGGGGUGUGUGAAAAAUCGAUAUCUGAUUGGCUGAUCGACAAAAUGUGGGCGGAGUUGGCGACUGGUCAAUUGAAAUAUGGGGUAUUGAUUGCCUGUACAGUUAUACACAUCUUGUUGUGUAUUAUUAACAGACCCCUAGCUCGAACAAAAUGACCAAGGUUAGAAUGAAUUCUGGAGCUCCUUCAAAUAACUUGACUAAUGCUGUCCAUGAACAUCAGAUUUUCAAUAUCUUUGAACAUCUAUUUGUACUUGAUUAAUCAUGUCAUACAUGGGUAUGUUGUUCAUCUUCAGCUAAUAACAUUGUGAAUGCUGAUGUCAUGUUUAUAUUAUUUUGUGCUGCAAUGUCUUUAUGCAGGUAGAAAUGAUUGUGCUGGUUGAAGAAUUAAAAUGUAUCCUUAGUUUCAGUCUAAAUUUCACACCAGAGCCACAUAUUCAUACUUGUAUGUGUAUAUUGAUCAGGAAAAAAGAAAACAAAUGUUUAAAGUU